AUAAAACCUGAAGCAACGCUGACGCUUGACAGACUUUGACAAGAAAACAAAACACCCGCGAAGGCUUCCGUUGACCAAAUGACAAGUAGUACUUGACCUAUCUCAAAAGAAUGGCAGAGCGAGCUGCACCGUGGCGCUCCAAGCCGAGCCAGGAGGUGGUGGAGCUGCUGCAGCGGGUGGGCGCCGUGCAGCUGUUCCUGGUGCAGCGGCCCGGCCCCACCUCGUUCGUGGUGCGCGAGGAGGGCAGCGAGGUGAAGCGCAAGGUGCAGAUCGGCUCGCGCAUCACCUGCAGCUGCUCGGCUGUAGGCGCCAACGGCACCUGCAAGGAGCUGUGCCUACACUCGCUGUUCGUGAUGGUCAAGGUGCUGCGCGUGCCGGUCGGCAACCCGCUGCUGUGGCAGCUGUCGCUUAGCGACCGUGAGCUGGAGGAGGUCCUGCGCUGCGCGAUGCAGCCGCAGCGGCCGCCGCCCGAGACCAGGACCCGGGCGGCGGCGGCGGACAAGACGCCGGCGGGGCAGGUCAAGCGCAAGGAGGUGGACGAGGACGACCCCUGCCCCAUCUGUUACGAGGACAUGGUGGGGCAGGACCCGGACAUGCUGGUGUGGUGCCGCUUCGGCUGCGGCCGCAACGUGCAUGGCAAAUGCAUGGGGGUGUGGAUGGAGCACCAGGUGCAGUCGCUGGGCAAGGAGCUGACGUGUCCGCUGUGCCGCUCCGACUGGGGCGACUUCAAGUGGAGGCCGCCGCCGCCCAAGCGCAAGGCGCGUGAGGAGUGCAAGGACGUGCACUACGGCACUCACUGCGGCGCGUGCAAGAAGGCGCCGCUGGUGGGCAAGCGGUACCGCUGCCUCAUCUGCGCCGACUUCGACCUGUGCGAGGGCUGCUUCUCGGGCGGACACCACCCGCAGCACCCGUUCGCGGUGAAGGACACGCCCACCUCCUUCGGCGCGCCAGCCGAGCGGCCCGACAUGAUGCCCACAGCCACCCGCAUUGGCGGGCCGCUGGCGGCAGUGCUGGCGGGAGCCACGGCGGCGGCGGCGGGCGUCAGCGGCGCUGCCAUCGGCGGCGGAGGCGGAGGCGGCGGGCCCCACUCCCGCAGCCAGUCCAGUACCGGGCAGGCGCCGGCGGAUGUGCCGGCGGCGCGAGAAAGUGACGUUGGGGACGGGGAGCUGGUGAUGUCGGCGGCGGGAGUGGGGGCAGGGGCUGGGGAUGGCGGCGGUGGGUUGCGGGAGGCGCUGGCGGUGGUCACGGCAGCGGCGGCGGGCGGCGGUCCGCACGUCAUGCCGCGGGUUGGCGGCGGGUCCACUGCUGCUGCGGCGUCCAGCAGGCACCCCAUACGCGGCACCACGGUGGCGCGAGCCGGCGCGGGAGGGCGCGGCGGCGGCGGCGGCGGUGGUGCUGGAAGCCAGCCGUCAAUGGCGGGUGCGGCGGGCGAGGAUGGCUCCGCGGCGCCGCCGUCCCUAGAGGCACGACUGGCGCAGCGGCGACAGGCAUUGCAGCAGCAGCAACAGCAGCAGCUGGCGGUCGAGGGUCUGACGGUGGGGCCGUCGGGAGCGGGCGGCGGCAGCGGCGGCGGAGGAGGAGGCGUUGCGGGGCCGUCUGUGGGGUUUACUGAGGCACCGGAUGUCGUGGUGCGGCGGGCCAUUCUGGGCCAGCCCUCAAGGCCGGUGCUGGUGCGGAGAGCGCGCUCUACCGCGCACGAGCGGUUGCAGCAGCAGCAGCAGCAGGAGGGGGCGGGUGCCGGCGAGCUGUCGCUGGGGCUGGCGGGCGUGCAGCUGGGCAUUGACGCGGCGGGGCCAGGCCCCAGCACGGCCGGCGCCGCCGCCGCCAUGGGUCGGCAGCUGGGCGCACACGCCAUGCCGCCGCGCCACCCCGGCCGCCCAGGCCCCAUGGGGCCCGGCCAGCUCGGGCGCCAGCCCGCAGCCGGCGGAGCCGGCGCCGCCGCCGCAGGCGGCGGCGGCGGCGGAGCCGCCGGCGGACUCGUAGGCCGGCCGCCGCUCGCUCACGGCCACCUCCACUCGCACCACGGCUCUAUAGGCGACGCUGGGGUGGCGGCGGUGCCGCCGGAGCUGGUGCUGCAGGGCCGGCUGCUGCACGGCGACACCACGACCUCGCCCGGCGCGGCGGCGGGCGGCGGCGGUGGUGGAGGAGGGGGAGGAGGAGGUGGUGCGCGGCCGCCGCCGCAGGGGCAGCAGCUUGCGCAUGGGCGGGCGGGGUUGCUAGAGCCAGGGGCGCUGGGACCAUUGCAAAGCAUCUACGCGCAGCAGCUGGGGGCAGGCGCAGUCGGCGCGGGUGCGACUGGCGGCGGCGGUGGUGGUGGCGGUGCCGGGCUUCCGGGACAGCCGAGCGGUGUGCGCUUCCGUGGUGUGGUGCCGCGCUACGGAGCGGACGCGCCUGCGGCGCAGCAGGCGGGCGCGGCAGGGCCGCAGGUGCCGGGGGCGCCGGGGCCAGGCGGCGGCCCCGCCGGGCUGCGUCGCUCGCGCUCCGCCGGCCACCCGGGGCCCGGGGGCUUGGGGCUCACCGUGACGGCACGCUCCAUGGCGCCGCACCCGCUGACGCCGCCCACGCCCAUGUACGUCGUCGCGCUGCCCAUGGCGGCGGCGGCGGCGGCGGCGGCGGCGGCGCCGGGGCGCUCCACGCAGCCGGGCCUGAUCGGCGCCGCCGCGACGGACUCUGGCGACGACGGCGGUGGCGGCGGUUAUAACGGCGGCGGAAACAGCCUGUACGGCCAGGGGCCGUACGGCACGGCGCCGUACGGCAACGAGGUGUACGGCGGUGCCAUCAUUGGUGACGACCAGCGCACGAUGCUCGCCUUCAGCCACCACAUCCCGGGCCCGGGGGCCAGCUUCCGAGUUGGCGGGCACGGCGGCGACGGCGACGAGGGCGGCGAGGUGGAUGAGGACGGGGCGCUGGGGGCUGCGGCGGCGGCGGAGGCGGCGGGGCACGCCGCCGCGGCGGCGCUGUGGGGGCGGGGCGUGUACGAGGACGAGUUCCCGCGGGGGCCGCGCAGCCCGCACCUGCACCUGUUCAGCAGCCGGCCCAACACCACAGGCAUGACGCCUGGGGAGCAGCCGGGCUACGGCGGCUUCGGCGGCGGCGACAGCUUUGACCGCAGCUACAGCCACAGCCGGAGCUUCAGCUACAGCCGCAGCCAGAGCUUUGGCAGUCCCAGCCCCAGCCGCCGGCGCUUGCACCCGCACCAUGCAUUGGAGCAUGGCGGCGGCUCCCUGCUGGCCACACACGAGGAAGAGGAGGCGGGGUCGGGCUUCGAGGGCUUUGGCGAAGGUGGAGGUGGAGGUGGAGGUGGAGGUAAAAGCGGCGCUGGGGGUGCUGGCGGUGCCGCUUGCGCUGCGGCGGUGGGGGUUGGCGGCGUCGGCAAUGGUAGACUGCCGCCGCCUAUCGACGCAGGGCCUACCCCACGUCUGACGCUGUUGACUGGCGCCAGCACGACCUCGCCCACCUCCGCCACGGCGGCGGCCAUGGCUGCCGGCCUGUCCAGCCCCGGUCGGUCAUACAGCCCGGUGCCCUCGCCCCGCCGCCUCGCCGCCGCCUCCUCCACCCUCGCCGCCGCCGCCGCCGCCUCGCCCACCUCCGCCAUCUCGCCGGUCGCGGCGCGCGGCGCCGGCGGCCCCGGCAUCACUUACUCGACUGCCACCACCACCGCCGCCGCCGCCGCCGCCGCGACAGCAGCGGGUGCGGCCAUAAGCCACCACGGCGCCUAUGGCGGCCUGCAUGACGACAAUGACGGCGGCGCAGGCAGUCACAGCCAGCGUGACAGUGUGCUGCUGGCCAGUGUGGCCGCUGAUGCCAUGGAUGACUUCAUGAGCAGCCUGCGCCGCACGCACGCCAUGCCGUCCUUUGGCAGCAGCAGCAGCAGGGCCGGCAGCGCGCUGGGGCCCGGCGUUGUGGGUGGCCUGGGAGGCGGAGCUGGAGGCGGCGGGCACAGCAGCGCUCGCAGCCUUGUGCGGCACGCCUCUCACACCGAGGCACACUCGCCCUACGCAGCGGCGAUGGCCGGAAGUGCGGGCGGGGCCGGGGCCGGCCAGUCCGGCUACGCUGCCCAGGCCGCGCACUCGGAGAACCUCAGUCGCCUGCGGCCGACAUCCAGCGGGCUCGGGUUGGUUGGGACCGACGCGCUGUGUGGUGCGCGGACAGGCCCGGGACUGGGCGCGGAACUGCCCAUUGGGCCGCGCGGUUCGUCUCGGUCCUUUGUCGGCGUGCCGCCGCUGCGACCUGUCGAGCCGGAGCACCGCACGUCCUCCGCCUCCGGCACCUACGGCCGCAGGCAGCACGCGGGUGCAGCCACACGAGACGGCGGCGGCGGCGCUAGUCCGAGGGCCGGUGCUAGUCCUAGGACCCGUGGGGCCGGUGGGCCCGGUGGGGGCUUGUCGGGCCUGGCGGGGCUCGACGACGAGGGCGGCCUCCUGGUGUCGUCCUCGCUCGAUGACACGCUGUCGAGCUUCAUGGUGCAGCGGAAGCGCAGCGAGGUGGCGGCGGCCUCGGCGGCGGCGGCGGCGGCAGUGGCGGCGGUGGCACACAUCGGCGGCGUGUCGGGUGGCCAGGUGGCGAGGGCGCGGUCGACGCUGGGGCCGGGCGGCAAUGGUACGGGUGUGGGUGUGGGUGCUGACGGGGGACUGGAGCUGAAGUUCACAAGCAUUGCCAGCAACCCUGUGUUCAACAGGCCCUACACACUGGACAUGAGCCUGGGGUAGGGGUGUUGUACAUACCAGCCCAAAGUAAAGCAAACCUGCCGUGUGUUCUGUAAUGUGCGUCGUGUGCACUGUAUAGUUGUCCGAAUUUUGCAUUUGAAGCUGCUUGUAGUUGCAUGGUAUGUGGUUGCGGGCGCGGGAACAUGCAUGGCGCCAGGGCGGCCCGUCCAUGCGACAGCGGUGAAAGGCUUUCCCUGGCUAUGCGCUGGAGGCUACAUCUGCAUCAUCCUUGAAUGCAUGUGAAAGCAUAAAGCAGAAGCAUCUUACUGAUGUGCAUAUGGUACCGUAAAGCAUCGUUGUUUUGGCAACUGCUAGGGAAGGCAGUCUGCUGCCCUUCAUGUUCGGGCAGUCGCGGCAGCACUCUGCCGCAAGCUUGAGUUCCAUUUACAAGUACGCCUUGUACAUACGGGUCGAUCAGGCUGACGACUGGUUGAGCAGGCUGAAAGAUGGUCGUGUUUUCGCGGGGUGGCCUGGGUACGUAGGAUGCCCCAGGGUCAGGAUGAAAGGACUCCGACACAGAGCUCGCUGGAUCAUCGUGUAUCAGACAUGAGGCGA